AUGACGGGGAGGCUGUUAGUAGAGAACGAGUUUGCGGUAGUCGGCCAGGUAAUUGAUAAUUCGGUACGAUUGGAGGUUGAGGAAGUCAUCGAAGUUCUAUUAGGAAUAGGUAGUUUUCUGGGAACUGCUGCGCCCAUUUUCGACGACGGUUGGGUAUUGUUAGACAUAUUUCAUAAAAGAGAGGGUGAAGGGGGUGUUAACACGGGGAAAGAGGAGCAAAAUCUUCUCCAUUUCCUUGAGCACGCUUAUAUACACGAAAUUAUAUCUUUGUCCAAUAAUUUAGGCACGUUACUGUCCAAUAAUUUAGGCACGUUACUGUCCAAUAAUUUAGACACGUCUAUGGAAUAA